GCGGUGCCGUCGACGUCGUCCGUGUUGUUGGUAGCGGCCGUGGUGGGCCUUGUAUCCGCGCGAGCGGCGGGCUCGCUCGCGCUCGUCACGUCGAGGGGAAUCCGAGGACCCGAGGAUCUCUUGGAGUAGAUCCGCGAGCCGAGUACCGCGUCCCGCUGUCAAACAGCUCGGGCAGGUGACAGGAGGUGAUUUUUUUCGGUGUUGUCGCGGGACGAGGAGACGGGGCCAUGGACGCGUGGAUGUACGAUGUGGUCUGUAUGAUGUCUGACGCUACCACGGAAAGCAUGAUCGGGAAUAACAGGACGAUGCCCAACAUCAAGCAGGAAAUCGAUAAUCCAACGACGCCCACGCAAAAUUAUCAAGUAUGCUCGCCGACCACGACUCUCCAGCAUCAGGAGUCAAUAUGCACGAAAUUGGAUAUUCCGCAGGAUUAUGGCGGUAGCAAUGGUAGCCCUGAAAGCCCAGAGAUGCAUCAUUGUUCUUCGACGACGCAGCCUUUAGGCACUCCAGAGGACGGCGUUAAAGAAGAGGACAUGAUACCCAGAAGACUCUGUCUUGUUUGCGGUGACGUCGCGAGCGGUUUUCAUUACGGGGUUGCCUCGUGCGAAGCGUGCAAGGCUUUCUUCAAGAGAACUAUACAAGGAAACAUCGAGUAUACUUGUCCGGCGAAUGGCGAGUGUGAGAUAAAUAAACGCAGACGGAAAGCGUGCCAGGCAUGUAGAUUUCAGAAAUGUUUGCGGCAAGGAAUGCUGAAGGAAGGCGUGCGAUUGGAUCGCGUUAGAGGCGGUCGACAAAAGUAUAGAAGAUCCGCGGAUCCUUACACGCCGGUCAAGAGCGCCACGCUUGAAGCUAACGUAGCGUCGGGAGGUCCUACCGAAACGAUAAAUAACAAGUUGGUAGAAGCUUUAGCAGCUUGCGAACCAGAUAUGCUUCAAGUAUCCAACAUCUCCACACAGGAAACAGACCAAAAAGUUCUCGGACAAUUGUCGGAUCUUUACGAUCGAGAAUUGGUUGGCAUAAUCGGUUGGGCGAAACAGAUCCCAGGAUUCAGCAGUUUAGCGUUAAAUGAUCAAAUGCGACUUCUGCAAAGUACUUGGGCUGAAAUAUUAACUUUCACUCUAGCUUGGAGAAGCACACCAAAUAGUGGCAGAUUGAGGUUUGCGCAAGAUUUUACAUUAGAUGAAAGAAUUGCGCGCGAAUGCCACUGUAUGGAACUUUAUACACAUUGUAUUCAAAUCGUCGAGAGGAUCCAGCGAUUGGGUUUAACGCGGGAGGAAUAUUAUGUGUUGAAAGCAUUGAUCUUAGCGAACAGCGAUGCUAGAUCUGAUGAGCCGCAAGCACUUUACCGUUUUCGUGAUUCUAUCUUAAAUUCCCUGUCAGACUGUGUGGCGGCGGUGAGGCCUGGUCAGGCUCUUCGUGCCACGCAGAAUAUGUUCCUAGUGUUACCAAGUCUUAGACAGGCCGACGGAAUUGUCAGACGAUUUUGGUCUAGUGUGUACAGAACGGGCAAGGUACCGAUGAAUAAGUUAUUUGAGGAGAUGCUCGAGAACGUUUGUAAUCGAUGAAACAUGCAUUGUAAAUUUGAUAAUUCUACUAUUCGACACCUGUUCAUGCAUUGUUUAUCGAAAAUUGGCAAUGUUCUUCAUCAUUAACGUGAUCAUUAUUAUCAUUAUACAUCGUUAUCGAAUAUGAGAGCGUUUUGGUGUCGAUAAGUGAUAGUGCGUGAGAGAAAUGAAGUUAUCGGUUUUUUACGAUGCUUUUUAUUUUCUAAUGGACUCACGAAUCUUUAUUUUCUUUUGCGUACGGAAAGAAUGUUGAAAGUGAAGAUUUGGCUAAUGUCUCCGGCGAUAAUCGCGAGUCGCGAAUCGUUCCAGAACGGUAAGCGCAUCUUUGUUUGAUGUACCCUUUCCUUUUCGAGUACCCCAUUUACAGGUACAAAAAGAAAGAAAGAAAGAUGUAACUUUUAUGUCGGAACAUGCAGUACAAGAUGCGAGAGGACUUUUUUUCAAAGUACUCAUAUUAGAAUAAACAUGUGCGGAAACCAGUGAUCAGCUUUAUUGUGGGAACGAAGUGUUUCCGUUUGAUCGUCGUGAUCGCAAUACCGAAUCGUAGAAAUCGGAUAAGCUGUAGAUAACUGUGGGUGUUUAAUGUACUAGUGAUACUACUGGUAUUCGAGAAACACGGAAUACUUCAAGAAUCAACAAUCAAAAUUAUUGUUAUUGAACGGCAUUUUUUCUUGAUUCUUUUAAUCAUUGUUAUUUUUGUUCUUUCAUUCGAUGUAUUGAUGCAAAGAGAACUGGGGGAAUUACAAUUUUCUUUCUGCGUCUUUGGCAUGCGAUGUACAUUGCCUCAUUUAUGUUAGCACUAAUUAUAAUAGCUUAAAUGUGAAAAAGAACGCAAGUUGAGUAACAUUAAUCAAUAUGUUUGUGAUAGCUGUAUUAUAUAACAUCCAUAGUUAUAGCGAUGUAGAAAUACACACAUCUUUGUACAUUAUACCUUAGAAUACAUCUUUGUAUAAUACAUAAA